CGCGCACGCGCAGUGUGCUGGAAAAGCGUAUAGUCUGAGUGAUUCAAGGAGCCUGCGGUUGUCGACGGAAACGAGAAAGCGAUAAACGUUAUUCCGGUGACUGUAGCUCCUGUGCUUUCUGCGUUACGAGCGGUCCCCCGUAAGAGAGUGUCCCGGGUUUGUCAGCAGCGAUCAGGAAUAGCUGGGAUUCAAAAAUGGGAGAGCGCGUGAAUAACUUCCCUCCCCUGCCUCAGAUUUUGAGAAUAAAACCAUGUUUCUACCAUAACAUUGAAGAGGAAAUUCCCGCUCCCCACCAGCAGCUGGUGCGCAGAGUCUACACACUCUGGAUGAUGUAUUCAGGCACGCUGUGCAUGAAUGUGAUCGGGUGUAUUGCCUGGUGGGCCGGGGGUGGCAAUGCCAUCAACUUUGGCUUCUCUCUGCUCUGGCUCGUCCUCUUCAGCCCCUGUAGUUACACCUGCUGGUUCAGACCACUCUACAAAGCCUUCAGGGCUGAUAGCUCGUUCAACUUCAUGGCCUUCUUCUUCAUAUUCUUUCUCCAGUGUGUCUUGGCCCUCAUCCAGACUAUAGGCAUAUCUAACUGGGGGACAUGCGGCUGGAUUGCCACAAUGAUGUUUUUCAGCACAAAUGUGGGCUCCGCUAUAGUGAUGCUUAUCACAACUCUGCUCUUUACUCUGGUGACUGCUUUAAUGGCACUGGUGCUCAUUAGGGUGCACAGACUGUAUCGCGGCGGUGGCGGGAGCAUGGAGCGCGCUCAGGAAGAGUGGAGCACCGGCCUGUGGAAAAAUGCACCAGUGAGGGAAGCAGGGUUCAACGCUGUGGCUCAGUCAGCCCAGGGCCCGAGUUUGCCCCAGUACCCUGCAGCGGUGCCAAACUAUCCUGACAACAGUCACUGGUGAUAGCCCAGCACCGCCUCUAGGUGGAGACAGAGAGCUGGCCAUUUCUGUGGCGCAUGUUAAAGCAUUCAAAAGUGUCACAUCAUUUCACCUUUACAUGAAAAAAAAUGCCUAUUUAAUGCAUUCACAUUUUUUGAAUGAGAUUGUAAGAUUUAUCAAAGAGUUUUGUCAACAGAGCUUGUUAAAGCUCUUCACUUCUGGAAAAGGGUUUUCUUUACAUUUCAGCUUUGUUUACACACUGAUUAUUGAUAGAUAGAUAGAUAGAUAGAUGGAUACUUUAUUAAUCCCGUGGGAAAUUCAGAGAUGAACAAGAAAGAUUUUAUUUUAUUUCAAAAGAAAUUUGCUUAAGAAUUUGUGUGUCUUGCAAACACAGGAAACUCAGAAACAGUUUUGUGAUAGUAUGUGAAGGACACGUGUCUUAUGGACAUUGAUCUGAGGAGAUUUUUGUGUGUUGACAGCUGCAUGCUAGGCAGUGAGCUGAAGAAAAGGGUUGUUUAUUUUUUAAUUUUGAAACAAUAGAAAGUCUUAAAACUGCGAUUUAUUUUACCUGAAGGAACUAUUCUCUGUGUUUAUGUAUUCGAGCAAGACUCUAGUUUCGUUUUUAUUCAAUGUGCUUGAUAUCGUCACGCUUGUCUGCUGUAGCUUUCUUGAAACGCGCCUUACUAUUGCGUGCACAUUUUGCAUGUGAUGAAAUGACUGUCGCCUUAACGAUUGCUUUAAAAAAAACUGGAUUCAUGCUUCAGUGAAGCGACAUGUGGAAAGAUUUAAAAAAUGAUUGCUGCAUAAUCCUCCUUUGUGAUUGGUCACUGAUCAACUGAUGUGCCAUAGCAACCUAUCUCUCUCCUUGAUUUUGAUACUGAGGAAGAAGUCACACCCUUAGUGGACACGUUGUUUCUAUGUUUCCAAAUCGGCACUGUUUGCUUUUAGAGGUCAGCGCCCUGCUGUGAAACACCUUAUCAGCUGUUCCACUGUUCCACCCACUUUUCUCUCAGAUAGACUGAUUUUUUGUUUUUAGUGACUGCAGUGACUGUUUGCAUGCAGUUUAUCAGGGGUGGGGAACUAAAGAGGAUUUUUCUAUUAAAAAUAUACUGACAUCUUAAAACAUAUAUAACCCGACACAGACUGACUAAAAGAAAAAAAUGGAACUGCAGUGAGGUGGAAUUUUGCAUGUGUCACUCUAUGAUACUGAAUACAGGCUCAUUGCAUCAAAAUAUCAAAGUUAAAACUAUGAUUAAAACCUCUGAUGUCUUUGAUUGCAGGUUAUUCUACAGAUUACUUUGGUUUUGUUUCAGUAUUUAUAUCAAAGCUUAAAUGAAGCACGAGCACCAACUGGAAGGAAACGGUGUUCUUCUCAUACCUUAUAUUUCUUUUCUUGUUACAAAGUGUCCUUCAUGGCCAACUGCCAAAUGUAGUAUUUAGUUUUUCUCUGUUCUUUGAUAAGCGACAGACUAUUACAGAUGUUAAAAUAAUCUUUAAAUAUUGCAACAUUUCAAUAAAUAUUCGUACUCA